AUGAGUCGAUUACUCUCGACACUGUUUGUGUCUUUGGCUGCAGCACAACACGACUGGUCUCAAUAUGUCAACCCUUUCAUCGGCGGAGAAGGUCCCAUCCCAGGGCAGGCUUUCGGCGGCGGUGACAUUUUCGUGGGUGGUGCAGUACCGUUCGGAGUCGCAAAGGUCGGCAUCGAUACCUACGAGACGAACCUGACUCUCUCAACGAUCAAUGGCGGUUGGACACCGCAAGGUCUUGUCACUGGAGUGAGCAUGAUGCAUGAGUCGGGCACCGGUGGACCUCCCAAGUAUGGCAUCAUCUCUCAGAUGCCUUUGACGACCAUGGAUGCGCCGGUCAAUAUUCUCGACAACACGACGUACUGGCAAGAAAGAGUUGGCAAUGACAGCGCAAGCGUUGGGUACUUCAAGACGAAGCUUGAGAACGAUGUGACAAUUCAGGUAGGAGGAGCUCGGCAUAGUGGUAUCAUGCAGUAUGAUUUCCCUGCCGGUGACAAGUACGUUCUGGUGGAUGUGUCCCACUUCUUGUCGAACCCUGGAGGGUCGAAUGAAGAUCAGUUCUACGAUGGCGGUGAGAUACACAUUGAAGACGAUGGGCGACAGUACACCGGCUAUGGAUCGUAUGGUGGAGGUUUCAGCGACAGUGCCCCGGCAACAACGUACUUCUGCGGAGAGUUCGAAGGCGCGCCCGAGGAAGCGCAUACUUUUCGAGGUCGGAACACUGUGCCAGUACGCCGUCAGCAUGUUCUCUCGGAUGCAGCCAUACCGCAUCCGACUUUCCGCAAUCGUGGCACUGAAACUUCUGGUCCGUUGACAGAUCGAGUGGGAGCUGUCUUUUCGUUCUCCGACUCGUCCGCGGCAACUGUCAAGUCGAGGGUCGGCAUCUCGUUCAUCUCCGUCGAGAAGGCCUGUCAAUUUAAGAACGAUGAGAUCAAAUCGUGGAAUUUGAACGACACUGUCUCUGCUGCAGUCGUUGAGUGGAACCAGGACGUUUUUAGCAAGAUCCAGGUCCCAACAGACUCGAACCAGAACCGAACGAACCUGGUAUUACUGUACUCAUCCCUGUACUUCAUGCACCUGAUGCCAUCAAAUCGAUCUGGAGAGAAUCCAUUGUGGGAACCAGACGACUCUUGGGACGACUUUUACACUUUGUGGGACAUCUUCCGCUGUACAGUGUCGCUUUAUCAUCUUAUUCAACCGGAGUGUUACCAAAGCAUGAUCCGCGCCAUCAUCGAUGUCUGGAAGUACGAAGGCUUCAUGCCAGACGGGCGAAGUGGCAACUCCAAUGGCUUGGUACAGGGAGGAAGCAACGCCGACAAUGUCUUGGCAGAUGCUUAUGUGAAAGGCUUGCCUAACAUUAAUUGGACCGAAGGCUACCAAGCUAUGGUCAAGGAUGCUGAAGUCGUGCCAUUUAACAGCUUCAACCAAAUCGAUCCCACGAAUGGUAUUCAGCAAGGACGUGGGGCGCUUUACGACUGGUUGCCUCUGGGCUAUGUGUCGUCGGACAAGAGUACCCGGGCCAUCUCGCGUACCAUAGAGUACUCGCUCAACGACUACUCACUGUCUGUGGUCGCUCAAGGUGAAGCACCUGACGACGUGCAAAAGUACUUGAAUCGUUCCGCGAACUGGCAGAACAUCUGGGCUCACAACUUCACGCACAAAGGCUUCACCGGCUUCCCAGCUCCUCGUCUUGCAUCCGGCCAGAUCAACAUUACAGACUAUAACCCUGCUCUGUGUGGCGGCUGCGAAUGGUCUUCCAUCACCUACGAAGGCACGCCAUUUGAGUACGCCUUCACUGUACCCCACGACAUGGAGACAUUGAUCGACUUCAUGGGCGGCCCACACGAGUUCGAACGGCGACUAGAUUAUAUAUUCCAGCCGAACACGUCUGAGCAGGACCUAGGCGACAACGGUGCCAGUAUCAAUACUAUCAUGAACAUCGGCAAUGAGCCUGACUUCGCCACGCCUUACGAGUACCACUACCUCAAAAAGCAAGCCAAGAGCGUGCAACAAUCCCGGGCUUUGGCUAAUCAGUACUUCAAAGACGCCACAUACGGCGUGCCGGGCAAUUCCGAUGCUGGUGCUCUCAACUCGUGGUUGGUUUGGCAGAUGUUGGGGAUGUACCCUGUCGUCACGCAAACCACGUAUUUGCUCGUUUCGCCGUGGUUUAGCGAGGUCAACAUGACUGUCAAUGGGAACAGGACACUGAGAAUUACCGCGACUGGUCUGGACAAUGCAGAGAGCUAUUAUGUGCAGUCGAUGAAGAUUAAUGGGCAAGACUGGGAUAGGAACUGGUUUGAGCAUAAGGAUGUCAUGGUCGAUGGAGGCACUAUUGAGUUCGAGCUUGGGGGCGAGAUGAAGGCAUGGGAGAGUGGCGUUGUGCCACCGAGUCCUGGGCAUUUCACGAAGCCAAGGCCAUGA